UAGCAACUGAACCUAAUAAUAAUAAUACCUUGAGAACCCCGCGGGCCAUGGUCUGGAAAAUUCUGCUGCCAUCAUCACCUCACUCCAGCUCCAUCUUCCGAUUGUCGGUCUCGGUCGCAGAUAUUUAUCUUCAAUUGCUUCCCUUUGCUGGUAAAUACCUACUCAGUUCUGGUUGCCAUCGCCGUUACCGUCACUUUAUCUCAUUUUUGUGUGAUCGGUCCACAAUACACAGCAUCACAGUCUAACGCAGGCGGCUGAUUGCAGUUUUGGACGACAAGACGCCUUUUCUGGAAUCCGGAUUUCCAAAAUAACUGAUUCCAACCUGCGGACCUGCUGCGUAUAAAAUUCCACACACCCUUUUUUAUUCUUUUUCUGGAAGCAAUCUCAACUACUUCCUUUUCCCCGCCAACAACAGCUGGUCUGCGAGCUUUCAAGUUGCCAGCAACAAGUGGAAGCUCCAGCGCGACGACGAUCCAAGCGAAGCCAGACUCUACCUCUAUACUAGUCUCUAACUACCUAGUCUACUUGCUCCACAACAACAAGUGCCACGUCGCUCAGCGUUAUCAACAAACAUGUCUUCUGCUGAGCCUUUCAACCCUCACAGUGUUGACCUGGACACUGUGGACCCCAAGGACGUGGUCUGCUACCUCAACUCGUCUCCAAACGACUACAAUGGUCGUAUCGGUCUCCGUAUCUCGGCCUUGUUCGUCAUCAUGGCCACCUCGUCACUCACCACCCUUUUCCCGGUCUUGGCUACGCGCAUUCCCCGUCUGCGUAUCCCGCGCUAUGUUUACCUCUUCGCCCGUUACUUCGGCGCCGGUGUCAUCAUUGCUACCGCUUUCAUCCACCUCCUCGAUCCCGCCUACGAGGAGAUCGGCCCCGCCUCUUGUGUUGGUAUGAGCAAGGGCUGGGACUCUUACUCCUGGCCUCCUGCCAUUGCCAUGACGGCCGUUAUGCUCAUCUUUUUGCUGGACUUUGGCGUUGAAUGGUAUGUCGAGCAAAACUACGAGUGCGACCAGGCCGACGUGAGCGUCGAAAAGGUCAUCACCACCUGCCCUGGCCACUCUACCGACGGCGCAAAUUCCUCCGACGAGGGCCACAGCUCCGAGUCUCACGACGACUGCCACAACAGCCCUCACAAGCCGUCCACCACCGGCCACGACGCUCAUCACGGUCACCAGUUCCUCCACUCCGGCGACCAGGAUGCCCCGACCCCCAUUGCUCUCCCGACUGCUGCUUUGCCCACCACCGACUCUCAUGGCCACGACACUAGUAAGGACACCAUCGACAUCGAGUCGCACGCCUUCCUCACCGGCGAGUCCCCUGCUUCCGAGCGCAUCUUUCGCGAGCAGAUCGCAGCUUUCCUCAUUCUUGAGUUCGGCGUCCUUUUUCACUCGGUCAUCAUCGGCCUCAACCUCGGCGUCGUCGGCGAGGAGUUUUCCACCCUCUACCCCGUCGUCGUCUUCCACCAGGCCUUUGAGGGUCUAGGUAUCGGCGCCCGUCUGUCCUCGAUCCCGUUUCCAAAGCGCCUCAGCUGGAUGCCCUGGGCUCUGUGCGUCGCCUAUGGCUUGACCACUCCGAUCGCUCUCGCUAUUGGUCUGGGAGUGGCGACCACGUAUGAGAGCGCUGGCUUCACUGCGUCGAUCAUCUCGGGUGUGUUGGAUUCCAUCUCGGCUGGUAUCCUCCUGUACACCGGCCUCGUGGAGCUCCUCGCCAGGGACUUCCUCUUCAACCCUGAGCGCACUCGCGAUAAGACCCGCAUUCUCUUCAUGCUGGCUUGUCUAUUCGCUGGCUGUAUCCUCAUGGCGUUGCUUGGCAAGUGGGCUUGAGCCACUAGGCCACUACACCAAGGGGCUCACCGCAAUCGGGAGCAGAUGUUGUCAUGACUGAUGAUUGUUUUCGAGCAAGCGAGUUGUUUCUUGUUCAAGGGAUCUGUGGUUGGCUUGGUUGCAUGGAUGGAUACCCCCUCGGCAUUUGCAUUUAGUUUGGGUUUUCUUUUUUUUCCUUUGUUUAUUUGCUGGCAAGUUCGGCGUUACGGGUCAAUGCAUGAUGGAAGGAAAAUGGGAAGGAAUGGGCUACCUCAUGAAUGAAGGAACAGGGAUGGAAAAUGGGACACAGUACAUAAGUCAUAGUGGUAAUCCCUUCGGGCGACAAUCAGGCCGUCCUGUGAAGGUUGAUAGUUAAGGGUAGCUUAAUUGCAC